AUGCAUUUGAACUGCUGCCCACUUCUUGACUCUGCUGUCGUUGAUAUCGUAGCGCACAUCUUCCCUGACAAUCUUGUACUGUACAUAGAACGAUACCAUACACCAGAUCAAGCACAAAUUUCUCACAUCGUACGAAUUUCGGGAUCGGAAAGUCUCCAAUCCGAGAAGUCAGGCAUUCGCAAGCCAAGAUGGGAGCUUUCUCCAAAUUCAUGGGUAAGACUUAAUCCUCGCUCGAGCAAAUCCAACAAAAUCCUCACAUCAAAAUACAACAAACCCUUCCCAGUAACCCUACUCCCUUCAGCCAUCGGGUACUAUCUAGGCGUCAAGCAGGGAGAAAGGCAAGCGCAGAUUCUAAAUGAAAUCCAAGCAUUGGAUACAAGAGAUCAUAAGAAAAGGUAUAUCGCCAAUAGCGGGACAGCGAUGCAAGAAUUUGCCAGGUCAUAUACGUUCUUGGAUUGGCACUUUGGGUUAGUCCAAAUCAAGCAUCGAACGAGCCUUGAAUCCAGUCAACUAAUCAAGCCUGCUAAGCUGAUUCCUUCGGGAGCCUAUGAGUAUAGCCUUCUAUUUUUUUAA